AUGUGUAAAAGGGAAGCAAUAAUUUUUGGUUUAAGUUUCAUCUUAAUCCUAUUUUUAAAUACAGCUGACGCUGCCAAAGAAAAUUGCAACAAAGAAGAAGAUCUUCUACAACGAUGCUCUAUGUCGUUACCAGUACUCAGCUCAUCUGAUAUUUCUUUUGCUUUAACCAGGGAAGAGCUAGAUAAGAGUUGCGUCGAACUACGACUUGGCAUAAAAUGUGUUGAUAAUUACACUGAAGUUUGUAUGGACAAGAACAAACAAGCGAUGUUUAAGAAGAUAUAUUCAGGAAUAGCAGAAGUUGUUCAAGAGUUAUGUACACGAGGAAAGUAUCAAGAUGAAUAUCUUAGGCACGCUGUCUGUGUGAAGAAUGUGCGACCAGAGUAUGAAGUAUGCAGUAAAAACUAUGAAGUAACGCUGACUACACUCAGCAAUCAUCAGAAGAAAGAAGAAUACCAGACCGACGAGGUUAAUGUAGCAGCUAAUCAAGAAGAAUAUUUAAGAACGGUUUGUUGUUCAUUCCAAGAGUACUUGUUGUGUUCGGAGCGAACGGUUCAGAGGUCGUGCGGAGACGAUGCCGCCCUGUUCACGAGUGCAUUCCUGAAGCGCAUGGCUUCAAACAUUAUUAGGAAUUUUUGCUUCGAAUAUCGAGGCCAGGAAUGCGCCUUGGCAGACAAAGCGACAUCAACGGACCACAGUGUGUUAUUAAUUUUUAUAGGGAUUCUAUCUUCAUUAUAUCCUUUUAUAUCUGGCAGUUUAGUUCCGACA